GUCGCCUAGACUUAGUUUAAUCCAUAUUUAGAAACACACUUAUGAAACUAACAGCAGUUCACACUGAAAAUAGAUAAAAUUCAAACAAUCAAAAAGGGAAUAACAUCUUCAAGAAAUACGACAAAGCUUAUUCAAUUUAUUACGUAUUCGAUCCCAGGACACCCGUGACGUCACGGUUCACAGUGGACGUGCUUCCCUGUGUUAGGAAACAUGCUGUCGUAACGAUUUACCUAAGCACUGCCUGGCACAUCUACCUAGCGGGACCGAACCAGUACCUGCUCAAAGAUGCUUUCGUUAAGGACCCUGUUGUUUUGUGGUGGUAGAAAUGUCGGAAAGGGCCUGCAAUCGAACAAUAAGAGUCCACAUUUGCGGCAAUGGCUGGUGAAGAGAGGGCAGAGCACCAUCACAGCGGAGGUAGGGGCUCCCACGGCCCGGGCUGCAGGCGCCGUCCCAAACGCAGCCUCCAAUCGCAUCGUUGGUCGCUGGUUGCUGGGCUGCAGCGGGUUGGUGGUCGGGGCUGUGGUCCUGGGGGGAGUCACAAGGUUGACCGAGUCGGGACUGUCCAUGGUGGACUGGCAUCUGGUGAGAGAAAUGCGACCCCCUCGGACCCCAGAGGAAUGGGAGGCCGAGUUUGCAAAGUACCAGCAGUUUCCAGAGUUUAAAAUAAUGAACCACAACAUGACCCUACCGGAGUUCAAGUUCAUCUUCUACAUGGAAUGGGGCCACCGCAUGUGGGGCCGCCUGGUCGGGCUGGCCUACAUCCUGCCCACCGUGUACUUCUGGAAGAAGGGCUACUUCACCCGCUCUCUGAAGGGGCGCGUGGUCGGCCUGUGUGGGUUCGUCUUCUUCCAGGGCCUGCUGGGCUGGUACAUGGUGAAGAGUGGCCUGGAGGAGAAGCCCGAGUCCCACGACGUGCCGCGGGUCAGCCAGUACCGGCUGUCGGCUCACCUGGGCUCUGCCCUGCUGCUGUACUGCGCCAGUCUGUGGACCGGCCUCCAACUGGUGCUGCCCGUCAACAAGCUGGCGGACACGGCCCGCCUCACUCAGCUGAGGCGCUUUGCCAAAGGCACUGGGGGUCUGGUCUUCCUCACCGCUCUGUCUGGGGCGUUUGUGGCGGGGCUAGACGCUGGCCUGGUGUACAACUCCUUCCCCAAGAUGGGCGAGCGAUGGAUCCCAGACGACCUGCUGGCCUUCUCCCCCACGCUCAGGAACCUCUUUGAGAACCCCACCACUGUACAGUUUGACCACAGGAUCCUGGCCGUCUCCUCUCUGACCGCCAUCACUGGUCUGUACGCGUAUUCCAGACGGGUGGCACUGCCCAGGAGGGCCCGGGUCGCCAUCAGCCUCCUCACAGCCAUGGCCUACAGCCAGGUGGCCCUCGGUAUCGGCACGCUGCUGCUGUACGUCCCAACGCCCCUGGCAGCGACUCACCAGUCCGGCUCAGUGGUCCUCCUCUCGUUGGCCAUCUGGGUCCUGGCAGAACUCCGCAAGGUGGCCAAGUAGAAUGCCUGCCUCUUCUACGGACCCCUUGGGGAUCUUCCGGCCACACCCGUGGUCCUCUCAGAGUCCCGGUGGUCAUCUCGGUCACUGUCGAAGACGAAUGGACUCGUUCUCUACCGAGGGAAAUCGCAGGAGCAAUGGCUGACGGAAAGUAGAUAUGGAUUUUUGCGGUGAAGUCUUCUUUAUGGCCCCAUAGCAUCACAAUUGAUCGUUCAACCGCAAGGUCCGAUAUGGUCUGUGAGGGUGUUUCCUGACUGAAGAAAUUGUUUUGGAAAACACACAUCUUGUGGGACUUGGGGUGUCUUGAUUUACUGGGUGUUACAGAGCUUUUAUGCAAAAACAAUAUACGCCUAUUAACCAUAUUUAUAAACAGCGUUAGACCACUGUGUGUGUUAGAGUUGUUAUCUUGUUGGUGCCUGAUGCAAAAGACGGUGAUUUCUCUCUUACCUGUUGCCUUUUCGACGAUUUAUCUCACUGAAAGAUACAAAUCACAACCCAACACAUAAUUCAUAAAAAAAUCUAUUCUGUGUGUAACCAACAUCCUAGGAUACGAUUAGGAAUAUAUAUGGAUGAACAAAUUCUAAACAUACACUUGAAUGCGACGCUUAUGUGUUAUAUUAUCUAAUCAUGACAUUGUGCUUCUUAAAAUAUUCUCAAACAUUUUGUAUUUUGAUACCAUAUAUUGAAGUUAACUGGACCAAUCGCAAACACUAGAGGUAUCCUUGGUCUGGUUAUGCACUGCUUAGUUUGUAGUUUGUCUUUAUAAAUCCAGUUAAAGCAAAUAUAUUUGGAAGUGGCGAGAGGAAAUCUCAUGGAAUUAUGUUAUACUUUGUAUUAAGUUAUUGUCUUCAAGCUUUUGAUAAAUACAGCAAUGUAAUAAAUGAACUGAAUCAUUACCUUUACUUUUCUGUCAUCCAGAAGUGUGACAGUGUUGAAUAAAGGAGAGGCCAUGAUGGUU